CCAUUUUUCAACAAAUUCAAAAAUGAAAUAAGAAAAAAACAAAAGCAUUCGAGAAAUAAUAACGCAAGCGCUCUGAAGAAUAUAUUCUGAAAAUAAUGAUGAUAUUUCCAAAUGAGAAACACUGCGGAACAGAAAUAAGUUGAAAGACAGCAGUUAUGUUCAACAAAUUUUCGAAUAAAAGAAUAAACAGUGUUUAUUUAAUUGUCUCGCAUGACUUCGAAGGAAGAAAAAAUUAAAAAUGCAAUUUUGUCGAAAGAUAAAAAAAUUGAGAAUGGAGAAAAGAGGACAGAUACAAUUUAUUAUCGAUUGGCGGUGACACUUCUUGCAAUUGGUUUUGGAUUUCUUCAUGGUUGGCACGUAUCAACGCUUUUUGAAAAUGAUCGACAUUUUUCACACCUCUCGGAUAUUGAGAGAGAAAUGUCAUUUAGAACGGAAAUGGGAAUGUAUUACUCGUACUAUAAAAUAAUUGCAGAGGCCAAUAAUAUUAGUUCAGGUAUCGAAAAACUUUUAUCUGACAAUAUAUCCGAAUAUCCAAAUGUUAUAGACGCCACAAUGAAAUAUAGUCUUUUACCAGAGGUCACUGCAGGUUCUCUUUAUCACAUUGGCAAAGAUUUUGGUCUUCUAACGAAAAAACAAUGCUGGCAGAUCGAGAGGGGAGAUGAACUCCCGCCAGUUUUAAGUUGCGAAGGUAUGGAAGUACCGAUUUAUUUUUACCUCGAGAUCGUUUGGUUUCAUGCAACAUUCACUGGAUCAAUUAUAUUUCUCUACGCGACAUAUUUAAGUGGUUCCGUUUAUGGUGGACUUUUGGCGAUAUUCUCAUUUUUCUACAAUCACAAUGAAUGCACAAGAAUACAAUGGACACCGCCAUUGAGAGAGAGUUUCGCCUAUCCGGCUCUACUCUAUCAAAUGUACAGAAUAACUGAAUUUAUACGAGGGCAUCGACACAUAAAAUCAAAAACCCACAAGUUCUACACCUACGUGGACAUAUUUCUGGCAAUGAUGUACAGUUUCUACAGUUGGCAAUUCUCACAGUUUGUCUUCUUAACGCAAAUAAUUGUCAUUCUCUUUCUCAAGUGGAUAAAAAUAAUUCCCCGCGAUUUAUCGAGGAAAAUUUGUCUAAUUCAUGGCCUGUCGGCGCUAACAAUAAUAAUGGAUUCGGAAAAUACUCUACUGUCACAAUCAUUGUAUUGGUGCCUUUUAUUCAGUCACAUUUAUUGUGAAUUUAUCAGUGAAAAAUUACAGCGUUUCUUCAGUUUAAAAUCAAUAACGUGGAUUGAAAUAUUCUCCACAAUAAUUGCGACAGUAUUGACGAAAAUAUUUAUCAUUAAAUCAGAAGAUGACAAUCAUAUUUUCCAACUGCUCAUGUCGAAAUUAACGAAAUAUAAAGAUUUUCAUACAAUGCUGUAUACAUGUGCUCCGGAAUUUGAUUUUUUACAGUAUGAAACAUUCAAGACGAUUACAGUGACAUUUUUAUUGCCAACAGUUAUUAUUGCUGGAUUAAUAACAUUGUACUAUUGGUAUAGAAAUUUUAAGAAGGAAAAUUAUCCUAAUUGUAUUGAACCUGAAAUUGCUUAUAGUGCAUUGCAAUGUGGGGCUUUUAUUUUAAUGGCUGUAUUUAUUAUGAGAUUGAAAUUAUUCAUGACACCGCAUUUGUGCAUUAUUUCUGGAUUGGUGAUUGGAAAGCGUUAUCUUGCAAAAUUUGGUCUUAAAAGUGAAACUUCGCGAGCUGCAUUGGUGGCUUUAAUUUUGGCAUUGAUGACUUUCAAUGGAAUGCAGAGACUUCAGGAAGAAAGAAAUCACGUUGGUGAAUACAUGAAUAUAGAACAAGAAGAAUUAUUUGAAUGGAUAAAAUUGAAAACACCGAAAAAUGCUGUUUUUGCUGGUAAAAUGUCGUUAAUGGCAAAUUUAAUGUUGUCGACCGGAAGACCAAUUGUGAAUAAUCCAUAUUACGAAAACAAAGAAAUGAGAGAUAGAACGAUGAAAGUCUAUGAAAUGUUCAGUCGAAAGGAACCUGUAGCAGUUUACGAAACUCUGAGAAAACUUCACGUGGAUUAUGUAGUUUUAGACGAAAAUCUGUGUUUCGGCUUUGGCAAUGUAAAACCCGGCUGCAGAAUGGUGGAUUUAAUGGACCUUCUGGACAAUGGAAAGAAUAAAAAAUCAGGAAAACCACCGGUGUGUCCAAUUCUCUAUCGCGGUUACAAUCAUCUUUUCAGAAAAGUUUUUUCCAAUCAAAAUUACGUGGUCCUAAGUCUCGAAUAUUCCAAGUACGUAGAAAUAAAACCGAAAAAAACAAUUACUUAUCAAUUAUAAAGAAAAAAGAAUACUACUCAAUGAAAAAAAAACAAUAUUUAUUAACAGAAAGCACACAGAGAAUAGUAUUGUUAAUUCAUUAAUAUAAAACUUCAGCCAUUCUCUUUACCAAUAUUUUCUUUAUUAUUAAAAAAAGAAUAUUAAUUUCUCAAAUUUUUAAAAAUAACUUUAAAAUUUUAUCAAAAAAGCAGAAAAGUUAUUAAAUUUUCCACUUUUUUCCGAGGAAAAGAUUGAGAACAGUUUUUCUAAAAACAAAACAUACAAUCAAAGAAACAAGCAUGUACAUUUUUUAUAUCUGGAUAAUAAUUAAAAAAUUAAAACAAUUAAAAAAAUGAAAUGAAACA